AUGAAAGCUGAAGAAAAACAAGAGAAUGAUGUCAUCAUUCGUCGAAAUCUACUGCCGAUCGAAAUGGCUAGGAACGAGGAGGAUUUUCUAUUGAUAUGGUUAGAUGCAACUAUUGAUGAUUCCCACAAAUCUCUUCAAAUCCAGCAUGAUAUGCUGGAAUUACAUCCAAACGCACAGUUUUACACGGAUCUACAGCUAUGUGUCAAUCUGAUAAAAUCCAUAAAAAACGAGCAUAUCUUAUUAAUCGUUUCUGAAUCGUUCGCUCCGUACAUUCUCAAGGAAUCAUGUUCAUUACAAACGAUUACUACUGUUUUUAUUUUCUCCAACAAUCCAAAGAAUCAAGAGCUCGUUGUAAAUGAUUCUGGGAUGGUUACACAAGUUUUUAAUGAUCCACAAGUUCUGUUGCAUACUAUUCGUGACACACUGCGACAUGUUGUAAAAGAAAGACUGGCUUUCUCGCUCUGUGAACCCGAUGGAAAAUCGACUCGAAAUCUAUCAAAAGAAGCUGCAUCGUUUCUCUGGCAUAAAUUCUUAAUAAUAGUUUUACGUCAAAUGCCUCAUGAUGAACAAGCAAAGAAUGAUAUGCUCAGUAAAUGUUUAGAUUAUAAUCGGAGAAAUAGUACACAAUUAAAUAAUAUUAAUCGAUUCCAGCAGAACUAUCAUGCUACGGAUGCAAUUAAAUGGUAUACAACUGAAACUUUCCUGUAUGGGCUUGUGAACAAAGCAUUUCGUACUGAUGACAUUGAAUUGAUCUACUUAUUUCGAUUUUUUAUUAUUGAUCUUUGUGAUCAACUCGAGCGAGAACAUGAAGAAUGGAGAGAUGCUGGUGAGCUGACACUAUAUCGCGGACAAAAUAUCUCUAACGAGGAAUUCAAAAAACUGAAGAGUGGUGUAGGCAAACUCAUUGCUACAAACGGUUUCUUUUCAACUUCUCGUAGUAUUAAUGUUGCUCUGGCCUUCGCACCUCGAAAUAUUGUCUCAAAAACCAUGACAGGCGUUCUUUUCGAAAUUCAAGCUGAUCCAUGCCUCAAAACAAUCAUUAUGGCUGACAUUAAAUCAAGUUCUUUUCCAGACGAAAAGGAAGUGUUAUUUUCUCUAGGUACAACAUUUGAAAUCAGGAAUGUCGAAUUCGAUGCCAUGCUUAAUUUGUGGAGAAUAAAACUGAUAGCUACUGAACAAGGUGAUGAACGUUUGCAACAGUAUAUACAGCUACAGGAAGAAGAAAUGAAAGCUCACACUCCGUUAAUUUACUUUGGUGCUCUCUUAUGGGAAGAACUCGGUCAAGUGGACCAAGCGCUGCAAUAUUUCAAAAUAUUGUUAAGGACACUGCCACCUGACCAUCCCGAUAUAUCAGGUGUCUACAGUAAUAUUGGGUGUGCUUAUUUAAAGAAAAAGGAAUUGAAUUUGGCAUUAAAAUAUCAUGAAAUAGCUUAUCAGAUGCGCCAAAAUCAACAUGAUCCCUGCCAUCACCGAAUAGCUUCUUCCUUGAUAAAUAUUGGUAUGGUUCACAUAGAAAAAUGUCAAUAUGAUCUAGGUCUUCAAUAUUGUAGUGAGGCUCUCGCCAUGUAUGAAAAGAGUUUUCCUCAUGAUUAUGUAUGCAACGCCACUGCAAUACGAUGCAUGGGAAGUGCAUAUAUGCAAAAAAAUGACGAUGACAAAGCCCUCAAUCAUUUCAAUCAAUCAUUGAGUAUGUGUGGACGUUUGGUGCCUGAUCAAGCUGAUCCACGAAAAGCUAUUUGUAUGGGCUCUAUUGGAAAAAUCUACGAAAAGCAGGGUGAUUUAGACAAAGCUAUGGACUAUUAUCGGCGAAAGCAGAUGGCGGAAGAGAAAUGUUUGCUAUCUGACUGUCCAGAACUAUCAGAAAACCUUGAAUCGAUUGCUCGCAUCUAUAUGAAAAUGGGUAAAGUUGAAUUUGCAUUAAAAUUCUGUAGAGAGAAAUUGAAAUCACAAAAAGAAACAUUUGGAGAAAUUCACGCUCUAACAAUUCGAACCCGGUUAAUAAUCGGCAAAUUGCAUGCAGAAUCUGGAUCAUUUAAAUAUGCUUUAAAAACACUCAGAAAAGCUUUGCUAUUUGCUAAAUUUCUCUAUCCUAGUAACAAGAAAAUCAUAAUCGAAUGUCUGGCAAAGAUCAGUGAUGUUUUCUUCUCCUGUAACGAUUACGACAAUAGUCUUACAAAUCGAAAGUGUCAGCUCGAAUUGCAACGUCAAAUUUAUAGUUCGGAACAUCCAAGUAUCGGCAUUUGUUUAAUUAGUAUCGGAAAUAUUUUGUCUAACAUGGGUAAACACACAGAAGCCGUCGACUAUUUCAAUAAUGCACUGAAAGUUUUCGAAGCGAUUUAUCCUUCAGACAACAAUGAUGUACGUGAAAUUCGUGAUCGUAUACAUCAAGAAGAAUGUCUAUUAUUACAUUCACGAAGUGAUCAGUAG